AUGAGCGCCGAUCCCCGCGCUUCUGCAACUUCCCCAAACGAGAACGACACAUCCAGUGCUACCCCCGCUCCUUCUCGUUCUCAAAUGCUUUCCUCCGAACCUUCCGUCCCACGCAUAUCAACAGCCCCACCACCACCACCGCGCCCUGACGUCGCUGCUCUUCGUGCUGCAGCCCUCAAGUCCAAGGCGAAGAACGAUGUGACUCCUUCCCCAGCGCCGACGUUACCGCCCAAGCCCGCUAAGAAGAGUGCCAAGGCAGCCAAAGCAGCGCCAGCCAAAGCAGGGAAGUCGGCAAACAAAGCCAGCAAGCUCAGCAGCGAGGUCACGCUCAGCACCUCCGAGAAGGAGGACGGUGAAAUAAGCGACGACAACGCGCCGGGGCCCAGUGCUCCUCGUCGUGAGGCUAUCACAAGGUCGAAACCGCCCCCGUCCAUGCCAAAGGCCAAGACUUUACAGGCCCAGCCUUCUGUGGAUCACAUUGUCACGCCAGGAGUCGCUGCUUCUGAUUCUGGUAUCGUCCGAUCUACGGUCUUGACGAUUAGCAACACGUUCACUGGUGCCACCGCUACCUCGUCCUUUCCAGGAUCCCCGUCGGCCAACGGCCUCGCAGAGCAAGAGUGGUUGAAAGAGAUCCGCGGCUUCCUCCACGACGGCCUAACUCCCAAAGACCUCGUGGCCCAGGGCGCACCGACCCACCUCGUUGCCAAGGUCUGUGAGGACAUCGUCGCUGGGACCAAGCAACGCAGGGCCCUCUGGAACCAGGUUCGCGAACCUGGGCGCGAAGCAAGCGAGAGCCCCAGUGUGGCCAGCUUUGGCAACGAGGCUGGUCCGUCCCGUCCCAGCUCAAUCCGCUCGCGCAGCUCCAGCCCAGACAUCGCAGUUGCUGUUGCCAUGGGUCGUACCAGCUCGGAGAGCUCAACCGAGGCCCUCAUCGAGCGCAUGAUUCCUCCCCAGCCGUAUGUGCAGCCGUCGGCACCCCGUAUUAUGUCGAGCUGGACUCCCAACGCCGCGGUUCCCGGACCAGCCUCGAAUUUGAGUCGCCCCACUUCAGCUACUGGCGCUAUUCACAUUGAGAGCUACCGCCCACUCCCACGUCCCCAGGUGCCCACCCCCGUCCUUGCGCCUGCUCCCCAGCAUCUGCCGCACAAGGGGCGGCGGCGUCGUGAUCUCGACCAUGCUCACCAGGCAGACGCUCUGGCUACGCUCAACUACGGUGACGACGAUGAAUCCUCAAUCCCUGCUCCACCAUCAGUGGCCCCACCUCCUAUCCCUCCGCCCCCACCUGUGCCGGCCGAGCCUGCACACGCAGCUGUCCCCGAGCGUCUGGGCCCUUCCCCAGCCGACUUGAUUGAAACGCGUCGACGCGCCCUCCUCAGUAUGCGCCGCGGCAAGACUGCGACUCCCACAACACCUGUGUCUGCAGCUCCCACACCGCCUCCGCAGGCUGGCCCAUCCACGGCCGUCAUGGCGGAAGCCGCCAGCCUUGAGCGCGAGAUCCUGGGAUCGACUGCCGAGGUCCCGAUGGACAUUGAUGAUGAAAUGGAGGACGGCGAGAUCCCCGACGAUCGUCCAGAGCCAACACCACCGCCUCGUGUUGCCAGUGCGACAAGCUCGUCAACUCGUCGUGGCGUCAAGCGUCCCCAUGCCGAGGACAUGAUGGACAACACGAGCCGUCCUACCACAACCGCAUAUCGCCCUGCACCGCCAAAGCGCCGCCUCUUCUGUGUCCCGCCGCCCGCCAGCCGUCUCCUUAUACUUCUGGAUGACGAUUCGGACAGUGACGACGAACAUGAGGACGAGGGUCUCCGCACAAUCUCUAUACCCGUUAUUGUCAUUCCUGAGCCAGUUGACGAGGCUCGUCUCUUGGCAGAGCGAAAGGAGGCAGAGCUCCGGGAGAAGAACGCCAACAUCCUCCGGCUGAAGGAGCAGAUUGCGGCCAAGCUGGCUGCAAAGAAGGCAAGCGUAACAACGCCCACGGGAGCGUCGACCCCGACUAUCGAGCGUCGUGUGGCCGAUGCAGAGGAGGCCGCCCAACGUGUGGGUGUGGAUGGUGUGGCCGCGGACGUUGUGCACGCAGCUGUCCUCGCUGUCGCUCAAGAGAGCAAGUCCAAGGGCGGUACUCAUCCAGACGAUGACGUGCCCAUGGAGGUUGCCGAUGCUCCAGACGCAACUGCGUCAACGUCAGAUGCUGCGACCACUUCGACACCCUCGUCGUCGUCGGUGCCCAGGUCAUCGACUAACGACCCAUCGUUGGCCCUCUGUCGCUCAGAAGCCGGCGGUGGUCACUGUGCCGACUCUUCGUAUGCCGACAUGACCACGUACAUGAAGCAGAGCUUGACUAUGAAGAGGGGAGACCGUGAAACCUAA